AUGGUUAUUCAGGCUCCUCCAAUGAAAAUGGAGGAAAGUCUGAAUCGGUGGCAAAUUUACAGCCUCAGCCCUCCCUCAAUUCCAUCCAGAGCUCACCUGGUCCAAAGCGUUCAACGAACACAUUGAAAAAAUGGUUAACAAGCCCCGUCCGUCGGCUGAACAGUGGGAAAGCAGACAGUAACAUCAAAAAGCAAAAAAAAGUGCGUGAAGGAAGGAAGAGCUUUGAUUUGGGAUCCCCCAAACCUGGAGAUGAGACUACACCUCAGGGAGACAGUGCUGAUGAGAAGAUCAAGAAAGGUUGGGGCGAAGAUGAACCAGAUGAAGAAUCUCAUACCCCACUCCCUCCUCCUAUGAAGAUUUUUGAUAAUGAUCCCACACAGGAUGAAAUGUCUUCCUCUUUGCUAGCUGCUCGACAGAGCACCUCCGAUGUCCCCACUGCUGCGGAUCUUGUCAGUGCAAUAGAAAAACUGGUCAAAAGCAAGCUGACAUUAGAAGGAGGCUCCUACCGAGGAAGCUUAAAAGAUCCUACUGGAUGUUUAAACGAAACUGUGACACCUUCAACUCCUCCUUCAAGAAACCUUGAAGAGGAACAAAAAGCCAAAGCUAUGCGAGGCAGGAUGUUCGUUUUAAAUGAACUAGUGCAAACGGAGAAAGACUACGUCAAAGACCUAGGAACUGUGGUGGAGGGAUUCAUGAAAAGAAUAGAAGAAAAAGGUGUCCCUGAAGAUAUGAAAGGGAAAGAUAAGAUUGUAUUUGGAAACAUCCACCAGAUUUAUGAUUGGCACAAAGAUUUUUUUCUAGCUGAACUGGAAAAGUGCCUUCAGGAGCAUGACCGGUUAGCGCAGCUGUUCAUCAAGCAUGAGAGAAGACUACACAUGUAUGUAGUAUACUGUCAAAACAAACCAAAAUCUGAAUAUAUAGUAGCGGAAUAUGGUCCAUAUUUUGAGGAAGUGCAACUAGAAAUAAGCCAGCGGCUAACUCUCAGCGACUUCUUAAUCAAACCCAUUCAAAGAAUAACGAAGUACCAGCUUCUGCUCAAGGACUUCCUAAAAUACAGUGAAAAGGCUGGACUGGAGUGUUCAGAGACAGAGAAAGCUGUGGAGUUAAUGUGCCUUGUUCCUAAACGCUGCAAUGACAUGAUGAACCUGGGCCGCCUUCAGGGGUUUGAGGGCAAGCUGGCAGCCCAAGGGAAGUUGCUGCAGCAGGAUACAUUCUAUGUAACGGAGCAGGAUUCUGGAGGGCUCUCUCGGCCGAAGGAACGCAGAGUUUUCCUCUUUGAGCAAAUAGUCAUCUUUAGUGAACUUCUUAGGAAAGGAUCUUUAACACCUGGGUAUCUUUUUAAACGGAAUAUAAAGAUGACUUACCUAAUUCUUGAGGAGAAUGUGGACAACGAUCCCUGCAAAUUUGCUCUGAUGAGCCGGGAAACGUCAGAGAGGCUCAUCUUGCAGGCAGCCAAUCCUGAAAUCCAGCAAGCUUGGGUGCAGGACAUCAAUCAAGUUUUGGACACACAAAGGGAUUUCUUAAAUGCACUACAGUCACCUAUAGAGUAUCAGCGCAAAGAGAGCAGCACUUCUGCAGUCAUGAGACCCCAGACCAGCAGGGUACCUCAGCCCAUCACCAGGCCGUAUUCCUCAGGUGCAGUAGGGCCUGACAAGCCUUUGAAGGCUACAAUUCGUAACCCGUCUCUGCCACCUUUGAAGAUAUCUACCUCCAAUGGCAGCACAGGGCACGAGCAGCACCAGCCUGGGGACAAGUAUGAACAAAGCAAGAAUGACUCGGUUGGGUGCAAUGGGACCUCUUCCAUGGUGGUCAUCAAAGAUUACUAUGCACUGAAGGAGAAUGAAAUCUGUGUCAACCAGGGUGAGGUGGUCCAAGUACUUGCCAUUAACCAGCAGAAUAUGUUCCUUGUGUAUCAGCCUGCCAAUGACCACUCACCAGCAGCGGAAGGAUGGAUCCCAGGGAAUAUCUUGGCUCCCCUCACUAAAUCAACCACAGAUAAUAGCGACGGAAGCAUAAAGAAGUCAUGUUCAUGGCAUACUCUGCGCAUGAGAAAGCGGGCGGAAAAGGAAAGUGGCAAAACAGAAGCCAAUGGCCUACGUAAACCCAUGGAUAUUCUGGGCAACAAAGUCUCUGUUAAAGAGACAAACAGUUCAGAGGAGUCAGAAUGUGACGACCUUGACCCCAACACUAGCAUGGAGAUCAUAAACCCAAACUUCAUCCAGGAAGUUGCUCCAGAGUUUCUUGUGCCCUUAGUGGACAUCACCUGCUUGCUGGGUGACACAGUAAUAUUACAGUGUAAGGUGUGUGGACGGCCAAAGCCAACCAUAACCUGGAAAGGACCAGAUCAAAAUAUUCUUGACAAUGACAACAGUACAGCUGCAUAUACAGUUUCCUCCUGUGAUUCAGGUGAAAUCACUCUGAAGAUCUGUAAUGUCAUGCCCCAGGACAGCGGUAUUUACACGUGUGUGGCAACAAAUGAACUUGGAACAGCAUCCACUUCUGCUACAAUCAAAGUACAAGGUGUCCCAGCAGCACCAAAUCGCCCUAUCGCUCAGGAAAGAAGCUGCACCUCAGUGAUUCUCCGCUGGCUGCCUCCAUCCAGUACAGGAAACUGUACUAUUUCUGGUUACACAGUGGAAUACAGGGAAGAAGGAUCACAGGUCUGGCAGCAGUCUGUUGCCUCAACUUUGGACACCUACCUCGUUAUUGAAGAUCUCACACCUGGCUGUCAAUAUCAGUUCCGAGUCAGCGCCAGCAAUCCUUGGGGGAUUAGUUUACCUAGUGAAGCCUCCGAGUUUGUGAAACUUCCAGAAUACGACUCUGCAGCAGAUGGAGCCACUGUUACAUGGAAGGAGAACUUUGAGUCUGCGUAUGCAGAGCUGAAUGAGAUUGGCAGGGGGCGAUUUGCUGUUGUAAAGAAAUGUAUUCACAAAGCAACUAGGAAAGAUGUUGCAGUGAAAUUCAUCAAUAAAAAAAUGAAGAAGAAGGAGCAGGCAGCACAUGAAGCAGCCAUGUUGCAACAUUUGCAGCAUCCCCAAUAUAUUACUAUUCAUGAUAUCUAUGAGUCACCCUCCUGCUAUAUCUUAGUUUUGGAAUUGAUGGAUGAUGGUCGUCUCUUGGACUACCUUAUGAAUCAUGAUGAACUUAUGGAGGAGAAAGUAGCUUUCUACAUAAGAGACACAACGGAAGCCUUACAAUACCUUCACAAUUGUCGGGUGGCUCAUUUGGAUAUAAAGACUAAUAGCACCAUCCUCAACAUAGUUAUGCCCAUCUAA